AUGAUGUGGCGAACCUUUGCAAGUUCUUUUGUUGAUCAUACAUUUGAUACUUAUAUUAAGCACUCAGAUAGGUCUGAAACCGCACCAGUGACAAAAACCCGAAGAAAAAUCGAUCUAAAGACGCUAUUUCCGUAUAAUCAUUCACAAGAGGAAAUUGAUAAGCGUGGCAAAAUGUUUAUAGAACUUAAGAAAAAAGUGGAAAAGCAAAGAGCUGAAAUUAAAAGUAGGGAAUUCAAGAUAAGCAAAGAAAAAAUAAUAAAAGUUGACUUUUCGGAUUCUAGAAGAGCGAAAGUUAAGGAUGAAAAACGGUAUAUGUGGAUUUUAAUUAGGCUCAAGCUUUAAUAAAAUGUUUUGACGUAUAUAUUUUAUAAAUAAAUAGAACUUAUUUUUCUAAUUCUAUGUAUUAUGAUACGGAUAGAGCAUAGCUCAACACUUUCAUGAAACAUCAAAAAUAAAAAACUGAACACAACUAUGCCCCUAGCAGCAGAGUUCAGGACGAAAAGUUUACCAAGAGAAGAAGAACUCUCCGGAAUCUUUGCGUUAACAACAGGAAAUAUUGCACAGCCGUUAGGAUUAAGCAGUAAAAGAAAUUCAUUAAAUAAAGGAAAUUCUUAUCAAGGAAAAUUAUUGGAAAUGUUUAAAGAAAAAAAUCCAGACACGAAAGUGGCUCUGAGGAAUCAACUGAAGCAGAUUUGGAAUGAAAAAAAUUAAAUCUUUUGCGUUUCAAUUAUCUAUAAAUCUCACAUCAUUUUAGCUAAUUUUUUAUUUACCUAGAAGCAGUAUAA